ACAGUUUGCUGAUUCGAAAGUGAAGCAAUAUAGGAUCCAUUGGAAAUGCGUUCAAUAAUUUUCGCUGUAGGUUUUCUGGCGUUGCUAGCCGUAUGCGCUUGCACACCAGUAGAAUCGGACGUGAUCCAGCACAUACCAUUAAAAGCAGGAGCAACACCAUCAGUUACAGGCAGAGAUGGUGCGGAAUCUGGUGUUGUGGCAGACGCCUAUGGUGCUUCUAAUGAAAAACAAACGCACGAGAGAGUAAGACGGAGUAUUGGUGGUGAAGAGAGCGAUUUGAUUCCAGCAGCCAAUGAUGUGGAUGCAUCUCCGUUUGGUGAAACAUCACAGUUGGAAGGCAGAGGUCGUAUUCGUGUAUUACCAGCUUUCCUUGGUUGAAAAUUAAGUGUACGCGAUCAGGACGGAAACGAUUAUUGUUUUAAUUAAAAAAAUGGCAUGAAGAUGUACUGGUAUUUUAAGCAUUAUUAAAGAAAUAAAAAAUACAAUUAUCUAUG